GCUCAAGACCAAAACAACUACCCGUGAGGCGCUCGGGUUCCGAACUUUCACUUGACAGGUGGAGAAGCUGUCCAGGGGCGGGAACACAGACUGAGAACAAGAGCUGUCGCCUGGGGGCUACGCCACGUCCACGGAAGGCGCCGCCCCGGCCCGUCCUCCUCGCUCAGCCAAUCGCAGAAUUCCUCGCCGCUGACGUAGGGCGCGUCGGCCGAUUUGGCGCUCGGGUGGGCGUGCAGGGCGCGCGCGGUGCGCCAGGAGCGGGUCGAGGCGAGUCAUCGCUCGCGGUGCAGAGUGGCGGAAGCCGAAGCGGCGGUCUCGCGCCGGCCUGCGUUCCGGCUCGGCCCUCAGUUCUCACCCGCGAGGUCUGGCGGCGGCGACGCGGGAGAAACAGCGGACCCGCUACUGGAACUCUAUUUUCAGAACCUCUCAAAAAGAAAAGAAAUCAUGGAGAAGAAAGAGAAUAACCGGAAGCUUCGGGUUUGUGUUGCUACUUGCAACCGUGCUGAUUAUUCUAAACUUGCCCCCAUCAUGUUUGGCAUUAAAAUGGAACCUGAGUUCUUUGAACUUGACGUGGUGGUACUUGGCUCUCACCUGAUAGAUGACUAUGGAAACACGUAUCGCAUGAUUGAACAAGAUGACUUUGACAUUAACACCAGGUUACACACGAUUGUCAGAGGGGAAGAUGAGGCAGCCAUGGUGGAGUCAGUAGGCCUGGCCCUUGUGAAGCUACCAGAUGUCCUUAAUCGCCUGAAACCUGAUAUCAUGAUUGUUCAUGGAGACAGGUUUGAUGCCCUGGCUCUGGCUACAUCUGCUGCCUUGAUGAACAUCCGAAUCCUUCACAUUGAAGGGGGGGAAGUCAGUGGGACCAUUGAUGACUCUAUCAGACACGCCAUAACAAAACUGGCUCAUUAUCACGUGUGCUGCACCCGAAGUGCAGAGCAACACCUGAUAUCCAUGUGUGAGGACCAUGACCGCAUCCUGCUGGCAGGCUGCCCUUCCUACGACAAGCUGCUCUCUGCCAAGAACAAAGACUACAUGAGCAUCAUUCGGAUGUGGUUAGGUGAUGAUGUAAAACCUAAAGAUUACAUUGUCGCACUUCAGCACCCUGUGACCACUGACAUUAAGCAUUCUAUAAAAAUGUUUGAAUUAACAUUGGAUGCACUUAUCUCAUUUAACAAGCGGACCCUAGUUCUGUUUCCAAAUAUUGAUGCAGGGAGCAAAGAGAUGGUUCGAGUGAUGCGGAAGAAGGGCAUUGAGCAUCAUCCCAAUUUUCGUGCAGUUAAACAUGUCCCAUUUGACCAGUUUAUACAGCUGGUUGCCCAUGCUGGUUGUAUGAUUGGGAACAGCAGCUGUGGGGUACGAGAAGUUGGAGCUUUUGGAACACCUGUGAUCAACUUAGGAACACGUCAGAUUGGAAGAGAAACAGGGGAGAAUGUCCUUCAUGUCCGGGAUGCUGAUACCCAAGACAAAAUAUUGCAAGCAUUGCACCUUCAGUUUGGUAAACAGUACCCUUGUUCAAAGAUAUAUGGGGAUGGAAAUGCUGUUCCAAGGAUUUUGAAGUUUCUCAAAUCUAUUGAUCUUCAAGAGCCACUACAAAAGAAAUUUUGUUUUCCUCCUGUGAAGGAUAACAUCUCUCAAGAUAUUGACCAUAUUCUUGAAACUCUAAGUGCCUUGGCUGUUGAUCUUGGCGGGACGAACCUCCGAGUUGCAAUAGUCAGCAUGAAGGGUGAAAUAGUUAAGAAGUAUACUCAGUUCAAUCCUAAAACGUAUGAAGAGAGGAUUAAUUUAAUCCUACAGAUGUGUGUAGAAGCCGCAGCAGAAGCUGUAAAACUGAACUGCAGAAUUUUGGGAGUAGGUGAGAUUGUGAAUUACAUAUCCAAGCAUGUUCACUCCCAUAUACGAAGUUUGCCAAGUUCUGAUGCACGACGCGGAACAUCAGGUCACUGUGGCAUUUCUACAGGUGGCCGUGUAAAUCCUCGGGAAGGAAUUGUGCUGCAUUCAACCAAACUGAUUCAAGAAUGGAACUCUGUGGACCUCAGAAGCCCCCUGUCUGACACUUUGCAUCUCCCCGUGUGGGUAGACAAUGAUGGCAACUGUGCCGCCCUGGCAGAAAGGAAGUUUGGCCAAGGAAAAGGCCUUGAAAACUUUGUGACACUUAUCACAGGCACAGGGAUCGGCGGGGGGAUCGUCCACCACCAUGAACUGAUCCACGGCAGCUCCUUCUGUGCUGCAGAGCUUGGCCACAUUGUGGUGUCCCUGGAUGGGCCUGAUUGUUCCUGUGGAAGCCACGGGUGCAUUGAAGCAUAUGCCUCUGGGAUGGCCUUGCAGAGGGAAGCAAAAAAGCUACAUGAUGAAGACCAGCUCUUGGUGGAAGGGAUGUCAGUGCCAAAAGACGAAGCUGUGGGCGCACUCCAUCUCAUCCAGGCUGCAAAACUCGGCAACGCAAAGGCCCAGAGCAUCUUGAGAACAGCUGGAACAGCUUUAGGUCUUGGGGUUGUGAACAUCCUCCACACUAUGAAUCCUUCCCUUGUGAUCCUCUCUGGAGUCCUAGCCAGUCACUACAUCCACACUGUCAAAGACGUCAUCCGCCAGCAAGCCUUGUCCUCGGUUCAGGAUGUGGACGUGGUGGUUUCAGAUUUGGUGGAACCUGCUCUGCUCGGCGCCGCCAGCAUGGUCCUGGACUACACGACUCGCAGGAUCUACUAGGCCUCCCAGGAAUGCACGAGGACAGAGACUCGAGAGCUCCUUGGUGGAAUCAGGUUGUCUUCUAGAUGAGCAUUUAUUAGGCAAUCUGGCAGGUGACUAUGGCAGAGAAGUUUUUGCUUUUAGUCUCCUCUUCCAAAGUCAGUUUUCCCAACCUGAUUUUGUAGAUGCUGUUCCUCCUGGGGUUAUUUCAGCUCAAACCUUGUCAUACUCUUCUGUGCCAAAAGGAGCUACAACAGUAGCCAAGGACGCCUUAGGACUCCGUUUACUAGAUGUACCACUCAGACCUGCAGGCCUCGCUUGGGGUGGGACCUUGAUACUGGAGUUUUGAGUUAUUAAUCCUUCCUCCUCUGACCCUAAAUUCAGAACACAGAAAGGGAUCCAGUCAGGGAAUGGAAGGAAAUCUCACCACGAAAGGCUUAAGUAAACUCUUAAAAAGCAGUUUUAUUGAGGUAUUUUUUUUAAGUGCACAAUUUGAUAAGUUUUGACAUCUAUAUGAAAUCAUGGCCACAAUCAAGACAUCAGGCGUAUCUCUCACUGCCGUACGUUACUUGCUGAAAGACGUCGUUUGCUAUUACUCUCUCAGAAUCUUGAGCAACUGUAGAUCAGAGGUCUGAAUUACAGUGGCCUUAGGGACCUUGUCCUUAUCUUCUUAAGGACCGCUGAGAAGCCACUAGGACUUACAUUCUCUGAAAGGAGAUUAACCGUCCCAGAAGGAUAUUUGCUACUGAGAACAGACAUGUCUCUCUUCAGUAGCUUUUCAUAUUGUGUUGAGUAUGACCGGAGUACUGAUAAAGGCAGUGUUUAUUGUGUGUUAUAUACCUAGAGCCCUGGUGGCUCAGACUUACAUCUGCCUACAAUGCGUCUGCCUAAAAAGCGGUAGACCCAGGUUCAAUCCCUGGGUCGGGGAGAUCUCCUGGAGAAGGAAAUGGCAACCCACUCCAGUAUUCUUGCCUAGAAAAUCCCAUGGAUGGAGGAGCCUGGGAGGCUACGGUCCAUGGGGUCGUGAAGAGUCAGACACGACUGAGCGACUUCACUUUUGCCUAGAGCCCACAUCUGUGAAUCUGGAUUCUGGCUAAGUAAGAUUCCAUGUUUGAAUUGGUGUCAAGAUGCAGAGGCCAAGGUUCUUGCUAUCAAUUUCAACCUGGAAGAAAUACUAAUAGCCACCACUUAUUAAGUGCCUACUGUGUGCCAGGCUCUGAACUUGGUGCUUCAUAUACAUUAUUCUAAAUUCUCACAACCAGUAAGGUAGAUGUUUUAAUUCCCAUUUUAUAGGACCCCAAACUAAGUCUUAAGUGGUGUGCCUAGAACCACGUGGCUAAUGAGUCUUAAAGAUAAGGUUUGAGGUGGGUCCCUCUGUGCUUUUUCUGGUAAGCUACACAACCUCUAGUCAUAUCAAAAUCUUCCAAAGUGCAAAUAUAUUCUGAUUUACUCCAGGCUACCGAAAGCUUUCACAAGAAUAUCUCAGUAGCAAAUGAACUGAUUUAUCCUUGACACUCUCUCUCAGUGGUGAAUUUAAUAAAAUAUUCUUGUAUGCUGUGGAAAUUUUGCCAAUAUAGUAUUUCGUCUAGUGACAGGUUUUUAUGGGUACUUUUAGACAAUCUAAAAAUUAGCAUAUGUUUUUCAGAUUUAUUUUAGGGAAACCUGAAGGUUUCUACAACAUAUUAUUUCACUUGUUCACAUGUAGAGGAAUCAAGAUUGUAUUUGAAUUCCUUCCUUCCUUGUGGGUUAAUGUGAAAAGAUAGGUUGGCUGAUUCCUAGAACUCUGUCAGCUCUGAAGUAAUCUCCAGGUCCUGGUUGAAACAUUCCAUGUUGAUUCCUGGGAAGGAAGCUUGUUGGCUUGGCCAUUAGUGUCUGGGGCCAGUCAGUGUACUGUGAAGGGGCAUCCAUUGUUCCUUGGUGAAAUCUACAACCACUGUAUAUACCAGACAGUUGCAUUGCUAUCAAGUUUCAUACCAAAUAUUUGGAAGAAUGGUACUGAAUCUAUAAAAUCAGAUCUCAGUUUUUAUUAAAUUCAUGGAAAGGCUAAUAUAUUCCAACGUAAUUAUUACAACUAGCUAAAAUCACAUAACUUAUUUUAAUGUAAAUAUUUUUAUGUUACUGUUCUGAGCCAAAUUCUAAAGAAAAAAUAAAUUAUUUCCUUGUGGAAAUCCUGA